AUGUCCAGCAUCCCGGAAAGCCCCGUUGGCCCUCCACCAGCCUAUGAAGAAUUCCCGACGAACAUCGCGACAAACCUUGAGGGCCCUUCGCGGCCCGAGCCUCUUCCCACAUCCACCGCCAACAGUAGCACCUUGAAGCCCCGUCCGUCGACAGACUUCGGAUGGCAGCUUUCCCUGCAGAAACUCACUGAAAAGGGAAAAGAACCAUUGCCGCCAACCGAGGAACACGAUGAACUCGCUGUAAAACCUGCAGCUGCAGCGCUCGACGGACUAGCCGACGAGAAACCAGAAGAGUCAGUGCAGAGACUCGAUGGACGGGACGAUGAUGUGUCUGUUCUUCCUCCGCUCAGCGCCAAUCCUUUCGAUGAGCCAGUGCCGUCGAACGAGGACGAAUUGGUGAAGCCAGAGUCCGCCAAACCAACGCCAACGCCACCCUCCGCGGACAUUGCGACUCUUUCAAAACGCUACGUUGGGAAAGAGCUCGGUUGGCAGCUAGCACUGCAGAAACCCGAGGUUCAGACGGCGAUGUCGCCCAAAGCCAGGGGCAAGCAGAAAGAGGUCGAUGAAUUCGCGAAUCUGGAUUUGGACAUUGCUGCGAGGGCGUUCAAGGCUUUUUCUGUGGAUGGCGAUACGAUGAUGGCAAACUCGUCGAAUGCCUAUGACUCGUCGGAGAAGAAUCCAUUCCGCGCCCUGCUCGACCAGAAGGGCCAGGGGACUACUUUGAUACCGCUGGACGACAGCAACAACAGCAACGAGCACCAAUUGGGUUUGGACAAGGAAUAUGCACUCGCACAGCAAGCGGCGGAAGCAGAAGCAGCAAUCAUAUUCAACUGUCAAGACUGCAGAGGCGAAGUGGAACUUACGGACAUAGUCCAAGUUCCAACAUGCGAUCACAUUGUUUGCUUGGAGUGUAUUGCCGAGUACAUCGACACUGAGAUUGAGACCUCGGUGUUCCCCAUGCCAUGCUCCGUUUGUCGAGAGAUUGGGGGUCCCGAUGAGGUGCGAGGAGUCAUCACUCAGGAGCUUGCAGAAAGGGCGCCACUAUCUCUGCGAGCGCUCGAGCUGUUCCGAGAGUAUCAACUCUCGAUGCACUCGACUCGGGUGUUCUGCCCCAAAUGCAAGGAAACCAUGCUCGUCGAUCGUCAACAGUACCGAGAGAGCACCGUCAUUACUUGCCCGUUACCGAAUUGCGGCGGCAAGUUUUGUAGGAAAUGUCUCAUGGACAUGGAAAAAAUCGACCCCAAGACGGGUAUCGACAGGCAUAUUGCAAAAUAUUGCCAUCCUACGAAGAAUGGGUUCAGACCAUGCCCAGAAUGUGGUACAUUGGCCAAGAGGAUGAUUCGAACGAACAAUCACAUAAAGUGCGGAGGCCUUGGGUGCAGAACACACUUCUGCUAUGCAUGCGGCGAUUCCAUUGCCGAUGAAGACACCUCGCCAGAUGUCGAUAAUGACAUCAGGAAGCAUUAUCAGAGCUGCACUUGGAGCAAGGCCAUGGCCAAGAAACCUUCAGGUUCUUGUAUCCUUAUGUAG